AUGGCUAUCCGUACAGUUGGUGCUGAAAGUUUUGUCGUUUCUUGUGUGGCGACGACAUUGGGUAUCGUUGUCACGGUAGCGUUUUUGACCUUCAAUGUUUUUCAUCGAAAUAAAAGGUUCAUCAAAAUGUCCAGUCCUCGACUUAACGUUCUUAUAAGUGUGGGUGGGCUGUGUUUAAAUUUUGUCUGUCUGAUGUUUGGGAUGGAUUUCUUCUUGGCUGAGCGAUAUCCGGAGGCUACCGUUACGUGUCAGAUCAGACUCUGGUUGGUUACUAUAGGGGUUUCCUUGGUGUUUGGUCCUAUGUUUGCCAAGUCAUGGAGAGUUUUUCAGAUUUUUCGCAAUGCAGGAGUGAAAAGAGUGGUGAUAAAAGACAGUCGUCUAUUUUUGAUGUCCUCGAUGUUUAUCGCCGUUGAUGUAGUUAUUUUGACAAUAUGGCAGAGCUUGGAUACUAUGACAUCAAGGGAAAUCAAAUACCUUAUGAUUACUAAUAGUGAAGAUAUACAUAAUGGGACACCAGGUUCCGAAUACGUUUUGAUUCAAGAGUGUUCUUCUAAUGGAACUUCGGGAUGGCUGGCAUUUCUUCUGCUAUGGAAGACAGGUUUGUUGGGAUACGGAUUAUUUUUGGCGUGGCAGACGAGAAAUGUGACGCUUCCAGCAAUGAGGGACUCUCCCAGCAUUAUCAUCAGCAUUUUCUGUACACUUUUAUUGUCUGCACCAACCUUCAUGCUGACGUCACUAUUACGUCACAGUCCAGACGGAAUUUACAUUACAGAAAUUCUGAUGAUAACUAUUUGCACAGUGGUGGUGCAAAUUACAGUCUUUCUUCCCAAGGUUCGAUACUGGUGGAAAUCUCCAAUAGAAAAGCAGUCUAAAUUGUCUGUCACAAUGUAUGAUUUCAAACAGAAGGCAUCAAUAUCUACAGACGACCUUGAUAUUUUCCAACUUCAGUCGGAGAAUGACGUCUUAAAGGUCAACGUAAAAGAGAAAAUGGUCCAGAUUAGAGACCUUGAACGAAAAGUCAGUCAUCUAACGGGAAGGAUUUCAGCCUUACUAGAUGACGACGAUCGUCGAGACAGUGGAUUGGAUGUCGACCUCGGUAUAUCAGAAGUUAAAGAUGAAACUGUUACCAUGGAUACUUAUUUAGCAACAAAUCCUAGUUCCAGGAAGUCUAUGGAAAAUUUAACUCCCUCAGAUACCUCAGCGCCAAAUAACACGAGCACCCCGCAUGACGAAUCGUUCGACCGAACUCAGUCGGACACUUCCAAUAUGAAAUCAUAUAAAGCCAAAAAGUAUAAAAGAAAACAUAAAAAGAUCCUGACAUCCACACCGGAUAUAUACAAACAAAGUGAAAAAAGUGACACUAAGUGUCGGUCAGAUGACUUCUUUGAUAUGGAACAUUCGAACGCGCGCUUUAGGUCUCGGUGUUGGACAUUUUCAUCAAUGCGGUCACGACAGGACAUUGUAGGGUCAGUGACUAAGUGUUAUGAUUUAGAGGACAAUGACGACACAUUUUCAUACGUCAGUAAUUAUUUACCACCCCCUCCCCCUUCUGAACAGAUCGAAUUUUCUCUAAGAAACAACUCACUUUGUGCAGUUACAGACAAUACCGUCCUAAGUAAUGACAUGCUUUAUCCUGUAUCAAAUUGUGAUUCCUCCAAUUUGUCUUCUAAGAAGGAAUCGGAGAUAAAUGGAAAUAGUAUUAAACAUGUAAAUGGAAAUUGUAUUACUCCCGGGAAAACUUGUUAUGUUUAG